GUGUGCAUACAAGCCAAUCAGCGACAGCCUUACUGAAAAAAGAACCAAUAGCCACUUCGCUUAGAAGAUCAUGACAGGCGUGUAGCAGCUGUUUUGGUAAGUCAUGGGGAAAGUAGACUGUAGAGUGUAGAGAGUAAUGUGACAGAUUUCGUGUGUAAUCAGGUUUAUUAUGUAUGCAAGUUACAUCCACACAGCUGUUCAGAGGCAGUGCUAACACAGAAGUGUCAGCAGCACGCGCUUCUGUAGUUGUAGUUUGUGAAUGAUCGGCUCCUCCUUGUAAAUUAUUGCAGCAGCGAACUUUGAGAAAUGAAUAAGCAAAGGCCAGCAGAUCUGAUCAGACUGAUGUGGUUAAUCGUGUCCAGGUCAGGGUAAUGUGUGUCAGGCAAAGCUCCACACACUGGAUUAACCCUGCUGGAAAAAAUCAUUAAGACCAUUACAGGUUUCUGGUGAUUUCUUGUGGUGUCCAGUAGUCACAUGGUGUUUUGUGUCUCCAGUGGUUUAACAGGUGGCCUGUGUUUGAUUCCAGAUGCAUUUGAUGGUUUCCUAAUGGGAUCUAUAGAUGUCCUACAUGAAACCUGUAGUCUCUGGGAGGUAACAGGUCCAGGAGGAACAUACUGAUAAUCCUGCAGAUUAAACGGACACUCUGGCCAAAAUGAGAAACAUUUCCAGUAUAAAUAUUAGGAAAACACCCUUCUAAUGCUGCAUCUUGAAGGUCCAGAAUCAGUUCUUUAGUUAAAUCUUUAACGUCACCAAUGGCACCACAGGAGAAAACCAAAGUGGUUCUUCUGGCGUGUGGGUCUUACAAUCCCAUCACUAACAUGCACCUGCGUAUGUUUGAGCUGGCAAGGGACCACCUGGAGGACACUGGAAGGUACCAGGUGGUGAGAGGCAUUAUCUCUCCUGUAGGGGAUGCCUAUAAGAAGAAGGGCCUGAUUGAGGCCUGCCAUCGAGUGGAGAUGGCCAGACUAGCUACAGAGAACUCUAGUUGGAUCGCUGUGGACAACUGGGAGAGCCAGCAGGCAGAGUGGGUGGAGACCGCCAAAGUUGUCAGGCACCAUCAUGCUGAACUGAUAUUGGCGGAGCAGAACCAUGACGAGGUGGACACUGUGAAGCCUGUGAAGAGGAGAAGACUGGAGGAGAAUGAGGAUAUGUGUCAAAGUUCCUCUGCAGAUCACAACAGAUCAGACGCUCCUGAGGUGAAGCUGCUUUGUGGAGCUGAUGUGCUGGAGUCCUUUGGUGUGCCCAACCUGUGGAAGCCGGAGGACAUUGAGGAGAUUGUGGGUCGUUACGGCCUGGUGUGCAUCACCAGGAGCGGCUCUAAUGCUGAGAAGUUCAUCUACCAAUUAGAUGUGCUGCAUGAGCACCGCAAGAACAUCCACAUCGUUAGAGAGUGGGUGACCAAUGACGUCUCAGCCACUCACGUAAGACGGGCGCUGCGCAGGGGCCAGAGCGUGCGCUACCUGCUGCCUGACCGUGUGGUGGACUACAUCCAGGAUCAGCGCCUGUACAGCGCGGAAAGUGAGAAGAAGAACGCUGAUGUCAUCCUUGCUCCUCUUCAGAACUACACCAAGAAUACAGACUGGGUUCAAUUCUGUCUGUACUGCUGCAGUCACUCUUACCUGUCACCUGACAAAAUGCCUGCUAGCCUCUGCGGUACAUGGGACAUGCUCAGCAAUGUCAACUUUGAAGGAUACAUGAUUGCUCUGGGGAUUGGCUUGUCCACUCGGAAAUUUGCUCUGAAGCUAAAGCACCGCAAAGUGAUCGAGAAGGUUGGUGAGGUUUAUGUGGUCAAAACUCUCAGCACCUUCAGGAACUAUGUCCUCUCCUUCCGGAUCAGUGAGGAGUUUGAUGAAUACACCAAAGGCUUGGAUGGAAGGCACUGCAAGUCUGUGGUGACGAGGGAAGGGAACAGGAUGGUGUGCACUCAGAAGGGAGAGAAGAAGAACCGAGGCUGGGCUCACUGGAUUGAGGAUGAUAAGCUGCACCUGGAGCUGUACUGCGAAGACCAAAUCUGCAAGCAAGUCUUCAAACGGGUGGCUUAAAAAGUAACAAGAGUUUGCAAUGAGGAUGGAGUUUUUAUUAAAGCAUUAAGCUUUUAUAACACAGAGAAUGGAGGGACCAUGAGCUCUAUCUUCUCUCUCACGAUACGUGUUCAUCAGGAGAAUUA